ACCAUUCUCCUGAUAGUGCAGCCAGUGGGUGUUGCAAAAGGAGGAGCGAGGGAGAGCAAGAGAGAGGGGAAGAGAGGGAGGACAGGCAGGGAACCAGCCUUAUAGAGAAGGAGAGCACGAACAAGACAACGGGAGAUACGCGUGGGAACAGCAGCACACUAAAUAGAGACAGAGCAGCGUUUGCAGAACAACAUAACUUGUGUGUCUGUCCUUCUGUGUGUGUGUGAGCUCAGUGUGUUUCACGGUUCUCCUGAGGCCGUGGCAGCCAUGGCAUCAGAGCCUAGCACCCAGUCCAGGGUGAUGUUCCAGGCGGGGGACAAAACCGAGGAGCCGGCGCACCGCAAGCUGGGCAAGCUGACAGUCAAAUACAACCGUAAGGACCUGCAGAGGAGGCUGGAUAUCGAGGAGUGGAUCGACGGACAGCUGCACCUGCUGUUUGACUGCGAGGAGGAAGAGAUUCCAGAGUUAGAGAUUGACAUAGAUGAGCUCCUGGAGCUGACGGGCGAGGGGCAGAGAACCCGUCUGCAGGAGCUGUUGCAGGAAUGUGAAAAGCCAAAAGAGGUGAGAAACGAUUUUAUCAACGGGCUGCUCUACAGGAUAAAGGGUCUACGCAAAAUGUCAGGUCCCUUGAAGAAAUAAUUAUAGGUCAACUAAAGAAUUGAGACAAUGUGGAGCCUCCGAUCUUCCCAUCUCCCACAUGUCAACCGCAACAUGUCAGUGGGACUCUCUUCCUGCCCUCCCCCCCAGCAUCAGUCUUAACACCAGAGGAGUUUUCAAUGGAUUUUUUUUAAUUCUUUCACUUAAAUUCAUGGACUGCUAUAACAUUUGUCCUCCCAUAAACAAACCAAUAAUGCACAUGUGAUCAAAGAUGUACUGACUUUUGUUUUGUUUUUGCGUAAGACUGUACAUUUUUUCAGUUGCCUAUUUAUGUACAUAAAUAUGUUUUGUUCUGAUAACAGUGUUGUAUGUGGAAAUAAAAUUAAACAUUUUCAAGGCAA